AGUUUUCAUAUUUUAUAUUCUUAGAGGUUUAAAGCUCUAAUUAGCAUACAAACAAUGGCGUAGGCAACAUAUUCUGUAAACUUUCGUGUAAGCGAAGCAUGUGGUGUAAAAACGGGGAUGCUAGUUUGUGCUGCUGGUGCGUGUGCUAAACUGUACAGGAGCUAGCCUUAUCUAAUAAGCCAGACACACACACAUAAUGUUUAGUGGGGCCACAAUGUAACGUUUUCUGAUCUAAAACAGACAAGCGCUGCUGUGUGACAGCGAGGAAACGUUCUUGGAUGCUACCAUGUUUCUAUACUUUCUGUUACCUCAGCUAGUUUUCUGUAACAGCUCUGUGUUGCAGCCCUCAGACAGUCCUUUAGGUAUUUUUGCAUCAGUGUCCAACAUGUCUGUGGAUUGGCUAGGAUAUGGAUACGCAGCCCUUAUCGCAUCCGGGGGAGUCAUCGGUUAUGUGAAAGCAGGCAGUGUCCCAUCCCUUGCUGCUGGUGCUCUCUUCGGCGGCCUCGCAGGUUUUGGCGCCUACCAGAUCUCCAAUGAUGCCAGUAAUGUUUGGGUGUCACUCGCUACAUCAGGAGCUUUGACUGGCGUCAUGGGAAAGAGGUUCUACAGUUCCAGGAAGUUCAUGCCAGCUGGCUUGAUAGCUGGAGCAAGUCUUCUGAUGGUGGGGAAGCUUGGUAUGGCAUUGCUCCAGAAACCCCAGGAGUCCUGAUGGAGUUUCUGAUAUGUACCCCAUCUCCUGUUUCAGCAGCAGCCUGUUAGCAUUUGUCAUUUACUGUUGAACAUGAGUCAUUUUGUAAAAGUGUAUAUUUGAGGAUGAAAUAUAAUACCUUGUUUAUAUAAUACGAA